GUAGCGAAUCCUCCAUCGAUCGCUCUCUCCUCUCCCCUCUCAGCCUUGCCAUCCCGCAACUUGUGCUGACCACUUGCCUCGACGCUCGGAACAUGGCUCAUCAUCCCUCAACUCCAUCCACCUCCUCCCACUCCCUCUUCGGCGGCCCCGCCGGCUCGGCCAACCCGCCGCCCCUCCCCCCAUCGCAUUUCAUCACAUCGUCCGCCUCGCAGGCACCGACUCCUGUGUCUACCGUCUCUACCGUGUCCUCCAGCAACACCUUUGUUAUGCCGAACACGCCCAUGAAGAGUAGAGCCAUGAUGGAUGGGUACCGGCCCAAGGUGACACGAACCCUCGGUCAGCGGCCUGCCUGUUUGGUCAACGCCUCGGUCACCUAUUGCGGAAACAACCAGAUCUAUGCCUUUGGCGGCUUUGACCAGUACACCGACGAGGUUUACAACCACGUGCUGAAGCUAGAUCUCGUCAGCCACCAGUGGAGUCUAGUAGACAACUACGGCGACAUUCCCGGCGUUCGAAUGGGACACACUGCGACUCUGUAUCAAGGUGACAAACUCUUGGUUUUCGGCGGCGAGAACGAGCACCGAAAUUAUUUGUCCGACCUGAUAGUGUUCGACCUGAAGACGGCCCACUGGACUCAACCCCACGUCACCGGCCCGAUUCCGAAGGGUCGAGCUCGCCACGCAGCCGUCCUGCACGAGGAUAAGCUGUUCAUCGUCGGUGGCAUUACCGGCCACGAGAGCUACGUUUCGGAAGACAUAUGCUAUCUGGACUUGAAGACCUAUACCUGGUCGAGGUCGUGGCGUUUCGUACCUAGGUUCGAUCACUCGGCGUAUAUCUGGGGCGACCGGGUGUGGGUAUUUGGCGGGCUAAGUAAGGAUAUGGACAAGAUCGGCGAUCUGUGGUGGCUGGACUUGAAGGGCAGUCCGGAUUUCGACUCUUCGCCCCAGAUCGGAAAUAUCUCCGAUCGGCAUGCGGCGGGCAGCCGCUCAAGCGACUCGCCGAGACCCCACUAUUCGCUGGGUGCAGGUCCCCCCAUGGGAGGAGCCUCAGGCUUCGCAGCCAACAUCCGAACGGCUCAAGUCAACACCCCGUCGUUCCACCUGAAGAAGCCCGUUCCGAUGGCACCUGGUGCGAUCUCGGCCCUAAAGUUCGUCUCAGGAGGCAAUAUCCCGUCCCAAGGCUCCGGCAUACAUUUUCACGUCUACUCGUCGGGCACCCUCUUGGACUUUGUUACCCCUGCCGCGACGAUUACCUCUAAGGAUUGCUCCCUGUCCGCGUUGGACCUAGUAACGCUGAGGUGGCAGAAGUUAGCCGAGGGUCGCGAAAUAUUCAAGUCGGGGUACCGGUGGCAUUACUGCACAAUAAAUGAAGAUGGCACGAAGGCCUGGCUAUUGGGGUGCCCGACCGAUCCGGGCAGCGACAUGGGCCCGAACAGCUUCGAGGAGUAUAUAAGUGACAUCAUGGAAAUCGACUUGCGACGGUACGGCUUCCUAGGAAACCACUUGUCCCCCGAGCCCCGAACGGAGCUUUCCCGGCCGAUGUCCCGCAUCCGAGCCCAUGAACAGCCGUCAAAAGGGCUCGGGCACGAUCUCGCGAAACUUUUCAACCAGCCGCCCGAGUCGGGAAGCGGUACCGAUUUCACCAUCACCGCCCUCGCCGGCGACUACGCAGACGAGGACAUGAUGAGCUCUAGCCUCGUUCGCUCGGGAGAAUCCCCGAUGGGCCAGAACUGGCUCGCCCCCGAUGCGCCAACCUCUGCCCCGAUUCACGUACACAAGCUCAUCCUCCAGGCCCGGUGGCCGCACUUUUCCCGCCUCUACAAUGCGCAGAUGGCCGAGUUCCACACCAAGAAGAUGCACAUCCCGGAGCCUUACACCGUCGUCAAAUCCUUCCUCUACUACCUCUACACGGAUAGCAUCCAUGCCGACGACGGAGUUACCGACCUCUCAGACGUUGCCGGGCUGCUAGUGAUGUCCAAUAUUUACAAUAUCCCGCACCUGCGUCUGCUGUGCGUCAACCGGCUAUCGAAGGAGCUCGACGUAGAGCACGCGUGCAUCAUCUGGUACUGCGCGGGGAUGGCGAGCGAGGAAUGGCUGCGGAAGCGGGCCGCGUCGUUCUGCCUGACGCAUUGGGGCCGGAUCGUGCGUACGCAGGGCUUCCUGCGGCUACCGAGGUCGGCGUUGGUGGAGCUGUCGCAGGAGAUCGACAUGGAGGGCCGAGUGAUUGCGGGCGAGGAACUAGAGUACGUCGACAACUACCGCGGCCGGUUCGACGCUCCGGGCACCUCGCGCAAGGACAGCAUCGGCAGCGAACAUACGCAGGCUCUCCCGUCGGAUGUGGAGGACUCGGAGGGCAUGGACCUCGCUUAAAAUGCCGCCGCCACUAUCGAGGGCGGACGGCCCGAUAGCAUUACUACGGUGAUCAGAUCGUAUAACGCUCAAGGGGAGAGUCGCCUCCCGGACGUGUGGGCGCAACGAUUGAGUAGUCUCUUUGCCGUUGGCUGCUAACUUACUGAGUUGGAAGAGAGGGGAAUACGAGGGCGUCUGCCUUUCUAGUUAUGGAUAAACCUGUCGAGGCGCGCCUGGUUGCGCGUCCGAUGACGACGCAAUGGACAUGAACGGUCUCUCUUUCUGGUCAUUUUUUCCACCGCCCCCUUACUUCCAACGCAUCCUUUUUUUUUCAUCCGUCGAAAGGAGAAAGUUAUAAAAAAAAACACCCUGCUUCGUCAUCUAGGGCAGAACACAGCAUGGCUCCGGCGUUUUGGCAGUGAAGGAGGGGAAGGAAAACAGGGAAAGGGGAAAUGGGAU